AUGAACGCUAAAUGCUUCAAUACCCUACUAGGUGUAGAAGGUUUUACUCCUCAAGAUUGGUAUUUAGAUAGUGGUGCGUCGUGUCAUCUUACGUUUAAUAAGGAGUGGUUUAGAGACAUUAAUUCUUCUAAUAUGGAAAAUGCUACUAUUACUUGCGCUAACAGCCAAAAGCUCAGUGUAUCUGGUGUGGGGAAUAUAUUAACAAAGUUGAAUGGCGAUGAUGUAACAUUCACUGGUGUUAAAUUAGUCCCUGAUCUAUGUGCUAAUUUAUUAUCUGUUUCAAAAGUAGUCGAAAAAGGUAAUGUAGUUGUGUUUGGGUCGACUGGGUGUAAUAUUUAUAAUGACCAGGAUUGUUGUAUCUCAGGAACAUCUGUGGCAACUGCGAGCAAGGUAGCUGGGAUCUACAAGUUAGACAGCUGUGUGCCAAUUGUAGAUAGCGCCUUGGCAGUUCAGGUUGAGAAGACAGCAGUGAAGUUGUGGCAUCGUAGAUUAGGACAUGUUAACUUUCAGGACAUGAAACGUGUACCAGGUUUAAAGUUCGUCGGAGACAUGGAUAAGUUGGAGUCUUGUGAGUCGUGCAUUAAAGGAAAAAUGCAUAGGAUUCCUUUCGACAAGGAUCACGAGGCGGUGCGAGCUACUGAGAAGUUGGGACUUGUGCACAUGGAUCUCUGCGGUCCUAUGGAAAACAAAUCAUAUGGGGGUCAUUCGUACUUUUUAAUUGUCGUUGAUGAUUGCACAAGAAAAAUGUUUAUUUAUUUUUUGAAGUCAAAGACUGAUGUUCUUGACAGGUUCAAAAUGUUUGUGAAUGAGGGAGAGACCUACUCAGGUAAGAAAAUUAAAAUUGUUAGGACAGACAAUGGUAAAGAGUUUGUCAAUGCAGAGUUUAAUGCUUAUCUAAAAAGCAAAGGAAUAAAACACCAGUUGAGCGUGCCGUAUACACCACAACAGAACGGGGUGGCAGAAAGGGCUAAUCGUACAGUAGUGGAAAUGGCAAGAAGUAUGUUAGCGGAUUCAGGUCUGAAUACAAAGUAUUGGGCAGAAGCUUGUCAUACUGCUGUGUAUACGAAAAAUCACCUUCCACACAGUGCUAACGGUGGAGCUAUUCCAGAGAAACUUUGGUCUGGUAAUGACGUAGAUGUGAACAAAUUUAAAGUGUUUGGUUCACGGGCGUUUGUACAUAUUCCAAAAGAACUUCGAAAGAAAUGGGACUACAAAGGAAAAGAAUACAUUUUCGUAGGAUACUGUGACGAAACAAAAGGCUAUCGUUUUUCUGAUCCAAAUAUUCCGAGUCGUGUUAUCAAAUCGAGGGAUGUAGUAUUUUUGGAGGAAACGAAGGAAAUCGAAGCGAAGAACGAGGCAAUAUCAGAGAAAAGUAAAGUAUUGAAAAAUUCUACAGUCAAUGUUCUAAAGCCUAAAAGACAGAAAGAAGAAAACAUAGUAGUAUGGGAAUUCUGUGAGCCUAAAGUGACUAGAAGAGCAGAUCUAGAAGAAGUAGAAACUUUCGAAGAUACAGUGGAAAUACAGGAUAGCUUGACGGAAACUGAAGUAGUGCAACCAGAACCAGAUAGUUCAGGUCAAGAGAACAACUUAGAUGUUACAGCAGACAACAUAGCUGAUGCUUUGACUAAAUCGCUACCGAAGGCUAAGUUAGGGAACUUUAUUGACAGUUUACUUGGCUAG